AUACCAGUGUCGAUGAAGGAGAUUUCACAGAUCUUGGUGGGUCUCACUGAUCUGGAGUAGAUCCUUACAGCCACAAACCCGUCACCAAUUUUUUCGAUGGAGAUCGUCGAGAUCUGAAGCAUUGUUGAAAAAAUCGUCGCAUGCUCCUCUCCGCGAUACUGAUCAAAUGGAUAUACACGCUAUCCUUUGGUGAUCGACUUCUCCUCUGAGUGGCUGGGGAGCUCGCCUUCAUCACUCAACAUGAUACUAUAGAACUAUUGUUCUAAUUAUUUUAUUUUUGGACUAUACGUGCCAAUAACCCGAAAAUAAUAUUUAUUUCCUUUUGAAAAACCGAAAAUAAAAAAGGGAAAUUUCUUAAACCCACUCAAAACGGUCAAAACCCCGUUCCCGCGACUCAAAUACCAAACACCAGACAUCUUAUCCACUCCGCCAAAUCCAAUGUCCACCCUCCUCCUCAGCACCCACGCCUUCACCUCCCGCCUCACCAACCUCCCCUUCCUUUCCAAACCCCAAAACCACGCCGUCCUCGUCGUCCGGGCGGCGACCUUGGCGCCGGAGAAGCGAACUCGUCGGAAGCGGCGGCAGACAAAGGACGAUGACUCCGCCGCCGAGAAGGGCCUCCGCUUCACCUUCAUGGAGGAGCUCAUGGAACGCGCCAGGAACCGCGACGCCGCGGGCGUCUCCGACGUCAUCUACGACAUGGUCGCCGCCGGCCUCACCCCCGGCCCUCGCUCCUUCCACGGUCUCAUCGUCGCUCACGCCCUCAGCGGCGACGCCGAGGCCGCGAUGCAAUCGCUGAGGCGGGAGCUGAGCGCCGGUCUCCGGCCUCUCCAGGAAACGUUCGUCGCGCUGAUUCGAAUGUUUGGCUCGAAAGGUCGCGCUACGAAGGGAAUGGAAAUCCUCGCUGCGAUGGAGAAAUUAAACUACGACAUUCGCGGGGCUUGGCUUAUUCUCGUCGAGGAGCUGGUUCGAAGCAAUCAUCUGGAGGAUGCGAACAAGGUAUUCUUGAGAGGCGCCAAAGGCGGAUUGAGAGCUACUGAUGAGGUCUAUGACCUUAUGAUUGUGGAAGAUUGCAAAGCAGGAGACCAUUCUAAUGCCCUAGAAAUCGCCUAUGAAAUGGAGGCAGCCGGGCGAAUGGCGACCACUUUCCAUUUCAAUUGGCUUCUUAGUGUUCAGGCUACUUGUGGAAUUCCUGAAAUAGCUUUUUCGACGUUUGAGAACAUGCAAUAUGGAGAAGGAACUUUUGCUCUCCAUGUUUAUACUCGCAUUCUCUUUUAUGUUCUAGAAUUCAUGAAACCUGAUACGGAGACAUAUAAUUGGGUGAUCCAAGCUUACACCAGGGCUGAGUCUUAUGACAGAGUGCAAGACGUUGCUGAAUUACUUGGCAUUAUGGUUGAAGACCACAAACGUUUGCAGCCUAACAUGAAGACCCAUGCGUUGCUAGUGGAGUGCUUUACCAAGUAUUGUGUAAUAGGAGAAGCUAUACGGCAUUUUCGUGCCCUUAGAAACUUUGAAGGGGGAACGAUUGUUUUACACAAUGAAGGAAACUUUGGAGACCCUCUUUCUCUGUAUCUUCGUGCUUUAUGUCGAGAAGGAAGAAUUGUUGAGUUGCUAGAAGCUUUAGAAGCUAUGGUCAAAGAUAACCAACCAAUUCCACCACGAGCCAUGCUCUUGAGUAAAAAGUACCGAACCCUAGUAAGCUCAUGGAUUGAACCUCUGCAAGACGAAGCUGAGCUCGGAUAUGAGAUUGAUUACAUUGCCAGAUACAUUGCAGAGGGUGGGCUUACUGGUGAACGCAAAAGGUGGGUGCCUCGGAGAGGAAAAACUCCUCUAGAUCCUGAUGCCGCUGGGUUUAUAUAUUCAAACCCUAUGGAAACCUCAUUCAAACAAAGAUGUCUUGAGGAUUGGAAAACGUACAACAGAAAACUUUUAAGAACUUUACGAAAUGAAGGAAUAGCAGUUCUAGGAGAUGCAUCUGAAUCAGAUUACAUUAGAGUAGAGGAAAGAUUAUUGAAAAUUGUAAGGGGUCCUGAACAGAAUGUUUUAAAGCCCAAAGCUGCUAGUAAAAUGAUAGUAUCUGAACUAAAGGAAGAGCUAGAAGCACAAGGUCUGCCAACUGAUGGCACUAGAAAUGUUCUUUACCAGCGUGUCCAGAAAGCAAGGAGAAUAAACCGCUCUCGUGGUAGGCCCCUUUGGAUUCCUCCUGUGGAGGAGGAGGAAGAAGAGGUUGAUGAAGAUCUGGAUGAACUAAUUUCACGGAUUAAGCUGCAAGAAGGAAAUACAGAGUUUUGGAAACGCCGCUUCCUUGGAGAAGGCUUGAAUGGUGAUAAUGGAAAUUCCACAAGCAUGGGCAGAGCAGAAUUUGCAGAUGUUGAUGUUGAUGCUGAUAUUGUGGAAGAUAGUGCAAAAGAGGUUGAGGACGAUGAGGCUGAUGCUGAUGAUAAUGAUGAGGAAGAAGAAGAGGAGGAGGAGGUAGAGGAGGUAGACGUGGUGGAACAAACUGAGAGCCAAGAUGCAGAAAGGGUCAAGGAAAAGCAAGUUGCAGCUAAGAAGCCUCUUCAAAUGAUCGGAGUGCAGUUAUUGAAGGAUUCUGAUGAAACAACUCCUUCAUCUAAGAAGUCAAGGAGAAGAGCCUCUCGAGUUGUUGAGGAUGAUGCCGACGACGACUGGUUUCCGGAAGAUAUAUUUGAGGCAUUUAAGGAGCUGAGGAAAAGGAAGGUGUUUGAUGUUGAUGAUAUGUAUACACUAGCCGAUGCUUGGGGUUGGACAUGGGAGAAAGAUCUGGAUAACAGACCUCCUCGGAGAUGGUCACAAGAAUGGGAAGUAGAGUUGGCAAUUAAAGUAAUGCUAAAGAUUAUAGAAUUGGGUGGAACACCCACAAUCGGGGAUUGUGCCAUGAUCCUGCGAGCGGCCAUAAGGGCUCCUCUUCCAUCAGCUUUCUUGAAGAUCUUGCAGACAACACACAGUCUAGGUUAUGUAUUUGGAAGUCCCCUCUACGAUGAAAUCAUCUCCCUAUGCCUUGAUCUUGGGGAACUGGAUGCAGCCAUUGCAAUAGUUGCAGAUUUGGAGACCACUAGUAUCGCAGUCCCCGAUGAGACCUUGGACAGGGUUAUUGCUGCAAGGCAGAUGAAUGAGAGUUCUGCUGGUGAUUCAUCACCACCAAUAGUCGACUAGUUUUGUUAUUCUUUGCGUUGCUAUGGCAUUCUGAUCGCGGAAUCAAAUCUUUGCCAAGUGGUUCUGCUGCUAUAUAGCAGUACUCAUCGUUGACGAUCUGGGGGAUGAAAUCAGUUAGUGCAGGUGUAAAUUAAUGAGGCAAUAGCAUUAUAAACUUAUUUUAGACUUUACCCCAGUCUAUCAUCUGUCUAGUGUUGAAAUAUAAUCUUAGCGAAUCAUUUUUUAUAUCGGGUCACUUUUGUAUUUAGAACAUGGCAUUAUUCCAUUUGCCUUUUGCCC